GCAUGUAGUUAGAGAUUUGAGAAAGUCGGGGAAGUGUUUGUAGUCUUUGAACUACAAAUUCGUUUUUUCGCGUCAAAUGACGUCAUUAGUCGUGGACGAAACACGACAUGCUGGAUUUAGGGACAGGUAAACCACACCGAAAUGGCCUCAGAGAAUGCAUUUAAAGUGUCAUCGUUGAAGGGGAAAGUGACCCUGAUAACGGGAGCCAGCUCGGGUAUCGGAGCAGGGACGAGCGUCCUGUUCGCAAAACUCGGAGCUCUGCUGGCUCUGAAUGGCCGGGAUGUGGAAAACCUCAACAAAAUAGCCAAACAGUGCACCGACUGCGGAGGUGUCGAGCCGUUGCUCGUUCCUGGAGACCUGACUGACGAGGAGACUGUGAGGAAGACAGUGGAGCAAAUUAUUGCUCACUUUGGCCGGCUGGAUGUCCUGGUCAAUAGUGCUGGCAUUCUGGCCAUGGGCAGCAUUGAGACCACAGAUCUGGCACAGUAUGACAAGGUCAUGAACAUCAAUGUCAGAUCUGUUUACCACCUGACUCAACUCUGUGUGCCACACCUGAUCAAGACCAAAGGCUCCAUCGUCAAUGUUUCCAGCGUGAACGGACAGAGAUCUUUCCCUGGUGUCUUAGCUUACUGCAUGUCCAAAUCUGCCAUUGACCAAUUUACACGCUGUAUAGCACUUGAGCUGGCAACAAAGCAAGUCAGAGUGAACUCAGUCUGUCCUGGUGUGAUCAUUACAGAUGUCCACAAGAGAGCAGGGCUGGAUGAUGAGCAGUAUGCUCAGUUUCUUGCAAAGUGUAAGCAGACCCACGCACUCGGUCGGCCAGGCGAGGUGGAGGAAGUGGCGCACAGCAUCGCCUUCCUGGCGUCUGACGCUGCCAGCUUCAUCACUGGGGUCAACCUGCCUAUUGAUGGAGGUCGCCAUGCCAUGUGCCCAAGAUAACUUCGUCUGCCCGAGUUUUGCCAUCACACAUUGCUUCAAAUGGCUGCUUAAAUAGCACUAUUUCACAAAUACCAUUCAAAUUUUCGAUUUAGAGACCAUAUAAAUGCAUUUUCCUUUAUUUUAGUGAAGUUUUUCUUUUAAAGAAGAUAAAAGCUGCUUAUGAACAAAGGUUUCAGAUGUUUAUUGAAUGACCUGUUGAGCGUUCAGCAUAUAAUGUCUGUACAGACCAAACACUGAGCUUAUGUACCAAUGGCAGCAUCCUCUGAGUUUUCCAGAUUGGUGCAACCAACCAUAUUUGUUGCAUUGUUAAUAACAAUUUUUAAAGCUGUAAAUGAUCGAAGACAGACUUUUGACGCCCGGUUUGAAAGUGGAAAAGCUUGUCUGAAUUUAAAUAAUACUUAAAUAGAACCCACUGAUAAUAAAAGGCUGCAUAAGUAUACAUUUACACUUCAAGAAAAACGUAACUCAGAAUAUUGAAAAUGUUAAAAUAACUUGACAAUAUAACUUAAGAAAUUU